AUUGGGCUGCCCUGCUGCGUCCCGGCCCGCGCCGCCUCGUUCCCUAGCGACGCGCGGGGGCGGGAGGGGGGAACGGGCCGGGGCCGUUUGGGUUCAGUAGUUAAAACCGUUGCGCGCGUUAAUACCCCCCCCCCCUUUCCCUUGGUAGGGGGCCUUGGCGCUUUAUAGUCCGGCCUGUUAAUAGCAGCACCUGGUGGGACGAGCAUCUUUCUAAUGAGAACACCCAGUUCCUGAAGCAGCUAACGGCAGAGGAAUACCGAGCUCAGACCGCCGGCAAACUGUGUCCACUGAAAGAUGAGCCAUGGCCACUGCACCCCUGGGAACCAGGUUCCCGGAGAGUUGGCCUUGUUGCAAUAAAGUUAGGAAUGGCUCCCUUAUGGACCAAGGAUGGCGAAAGACAUGCUGUCACAUUACUUCAGGUGAGAGACUGCCAUGUUUUAAAGUACACAUCAAAGGAGGAGAAUAAUGGAAAAACAGCUCUUCUAGUAGUUGGAGGAAAAAAUUCAUCUCCUUUUCAUAAAUCAGAGUCAGCAUUGGAGAUUUUCAGAGAAGCAGGAGUACCACCAAAGCAGAAAACUACAAUAUUUAAGGUGUCAGAUAAUGCUAUAAUUAAGCCAGGUACACCCCUGUAUGCAGCUCACUUCCGCCCAGGGCAGUUUGUGGAUGUCACUGCCAAAACAAUUGGUAAAGGAUUUCAAGGAGUCAUGAAAAGAUGGGGAUUUAAAGGUCAACCUGCCACUCACGGACAGACUAAAACACACAGAAGACCUGGGGCAAUAUCCAACUCUAAAGUUAGCAAAGUUUUCCGUGGAAAGAAAAUGCCUGGGAAAAUGGGCAAUAUCUACAGGACAUCUUUUGGAUUAAAGGUGUGGAGGAUCAACACAAAGCACAACAUUAUUUAUGUAAAUGGUUCUAUCCCAGGUCACGCAAAUUGUUUGGUAAAGGUCAAAGAUUCAUUUUUGCCUACUCGCCAAGACUGCUAUAAAAAUCCUCCAUUUCCCACAUUUUUUGCUGAUGGAGAAGAAGAGCUACCAGAAGACUUGUAUGAUCAGGAGGUUUUCCAGUUCACUGAUUCUUCUGUCACUUAUGUUUAGUGAUAUUGACAUCUUUAAGAAUGUGCAGCUUUCAUGUUAUUUCUGUGAACUUUGCAAUGCUCACAGAUUACAAACCGAGGAACUGCACUCUAGCUGAAUCCCUGAAUUCAUCAAACAUUUGUUGGGGAGUUGUUUUUUUGUUUUGUUUUUUUUCCUCCAGGUACCACAGUCUGUUCCGAAACGGUAUUAAAGCAGUGGGUGGUAUUAAGUUGGAGUGUCUGAGGGAAGGAUUGCAAAAUAAUGUGUAUAUUGCUGACUUAAAUUUUUACUUUACACAAUUGCCACUUGUAACUUUCCCCUUUUACAGGCUGCCAAGAUUUAAAUUUCUUUAAAUCCAUUGUCUUGGAAUUAUGUGCAUCAGUUGAUUGAUGAAGUUGAGACAAUUAAGUUGGGGUUUUUUUAAAUUAAGAGAUGUGUACUGAUUAACUUUGACUAAAGAGAAAAUCAAAGCUUUAUUAAAUAUCUCAUAUAGCCAUCCAGGGACAUAAAGUGUCUAGGACUUUACAAAGAAUGAACUUGAAAAUGUUGAGUAGAACGGAGGGGCUGAGGAGGGGAGGAGAGGAGGGAGGAAGAAUUCUAGCUUUCUCUUCUCUACUCAGCACACUGUUAGCAGUUGCCUCCUCGUGCCCCGAAAUCUUUUUCCACUUUUCAUUUCCCUCUUCUCAUCAAAGCACCUCUCCUCUUUAUUUUAAUGUUCUGAGUUCAGAGCAACACUUACAUAAUAUACAUUUCCUGGAGGAGAGAAUGAGGCUAGCAAUAUCUGCUUGGUAAGAGAUGCAGCAGUGCACACUGGCUGUUGUAAAGGUUAGAAAUGUUCAGUAAUGUGGACACUGAGAAUAUACUAGGUGCCAGUUUUCCCCUUCGUUGUAGCUUGUUCUGAUAACUGCAUAAAAAUGCCCCUUGCUUAUGGACUAUGGAGAAAUAUGUUCCCUUCCGUUGUCUUCAUAUCUGAGAUAUUAUCUGUUACGGACGAGCUUUGGGCCUGUCCUACUUAUCUUCGUAAUUUUAAAAAAUGAGCCAACUGUGAAGAGGCUUUUGUACAAUUAACUUCUCCCUGUCACUCCUAUCUUCUAUCCAUGUAGUCCUUUGAAUUGGUCAGAGUGCAAGUUCUCUCUCUUUGUCUGUCUUUACCUGCAGUAAGCGAUUUACAAUUUAAAGACCGCAUUCUUUUAACCAUUAAUUUAUUUGCACAGACAUUUCCUUUAAAGUCCAUAGGACUAGUCACAAACAUGAAAUUAAGGAUAUGGCUGUCUAUUUGAUGGAUUGACACCUAAUUGCUUACCGCAUGAUUUUCACAAUACAAGAUUUGCAUUCACAUGCAGCGUUGGGGAGGAGAGCAUCCCUAGGUAAAGUCCCUUUUUAUGUCUACAGUUCAUAUAAUGCUUGUCAGGAAUUCUAUCCAUUAAUUUUGUGCAGCUUCACUACAAAAAGUGAUGUAUUUUAUAUUUGACUAAAUGAUUUUAUCAAAACCCGAAGAACAAAUAUGUAUGCACACUCUCAGAGGUGAGAUCCUACUGUACAUUCUGUUAUCUCAGCUUAUUCCUGAAGUUUACUGAAGAUAUUGAAUUUGUUAUACUGUUUCCAAGAGAUUAGAACAUCUUUUACACACAUUAGAUAUUCACAGGAGAUAAUAAGGGGAUAAUGUCAAUAUCCUUAGUGUACACAACACAGAACUAUUAACUGGUAACAUCUAUGUUAAUGAAGUCAUUAAUCUGAGCAAGAAUCUCUAAGUAUGACAAGUAAGUAGGGAUACUGCAUACUACUUUACCCCUUUAUAAAUAAAAUCAGGUCAGUCACCAAUGCUCAUAUAUCUUCUUAGAUCUCCUACAAGUACAUUGCUAAGAAGUUGGCGCUAACCAUUUCCAUAAUAAGUCAUGUAUUGCAAUGAGCUUUUUUACACACCCAUGGGAAAGUGAAAUGUUGUGAUCUGGUGCACUGAAUGGUCCCUACUAAUGCUUAUAAUUUAGCCUUCUGCUAACAAUAAUGAUAUUGUUUCCUGAGGGCAAACUCUUCGGGGUUUGAAUUGAUCACCUCAAGUUUUUACAACAUUUAAAAUGUUAUUUUUAUUGCUCUCUGAAUAAAAUGUAAGUUAAAGUAUUAUCUGUAAGAGAA